CGCCCGCUCCAUCUUCUCCCUCUUCUUAACAACUCUCCUCCCAAUUAAUCCUUUCUCUUCCCUCAUCUUCUUUUCCCCCUCCCCCCCUCCCACCUCAAUUCGCUCAACUUCUCUCAAUCCUCCUUUCGUUCUCCCUAUCGACCUCAAUCGGACCUUCUUCUCCCUUUGCCGACCGUAUCUAUCCCUCCACGCUCACGUCCUGUCGCCUCGUUACUCUCUUCAUCACCGUCACCACUACCUCGCCUCUAUUCCGCUUCGCUCUCUUACUUCGGAUUAUUAGGUCCACCUUGCUGUUCGCCCACGCUCUUUGUUCGUUCACGAUAUUCUCAUUUCCUAGAAGAGAGCACCCAACCUACCGAUUUCCAAAUCAAGCGUGGUCGAGCACCAGCUUUCGCGCGCAUCUGCUGGUGUAUUUGACCACGGGUCUACCUGUCCGCCACGGCCCCCGAAGAUGACGAGCAGAACCCCCAGAAAUCGAGUGCUACCGCUAUGAGUGAUGUCGAGGCUGUCUCCUCCCUGCCAGCUUCCCUGGAUGCCGGACAAAACGGUCUUGCUGCCAAGGUGAACCACCAGUCUACCUCGGGUCCGCUAUCUCCCAAGAGAGCCCUCUCACCCGUGCCUCGGAGGGAGUAUCGUCCGAUCAAAGAGGUAGACCCUGCUGUCGGGGACAGUGAUGGGCCCCCUAGCCCCAAGGCUGACUCGGAGGCAGAAACCAUUAUCCAAUCGGGCCGUGAAUCAUUAUCGCCUGAAAAGAGACGGAAGUACAUAAAACAUGAACCGAAACGACGUGAUGAUGGAAAUGACCAUGUUGAUGCGGCAGAGAGCGAUCUCCCUCCCAACGAUUUGCAAGUGAGAAAGAGAAAGUUGGUGGAUGGCGACGUUAUCAGUGAACGCGACCGUCAUGUGCGCCCGGCGAGUCCUCUCCGUCGGACGGGGUCACCACCCCAUGUGAAAGUCGAAAAGACCGAUGAGCCCCAAUCUGUUUCGAGUCGACUUGAAUCAUCGCACCCUGCAUCUUUUGUUCCUAGGACGUCGAGAAAACGCAGCUUUAGUGAAAGUGUCGACGGGGAGGGAGAUGUCCGUCGAAACGCUCGCCCGCACCACCCAGCUCCUUCCCGGGAUCGAGAACGACGAGAGCUGAAUGGUGUGAUGUUGCCCCGCCCCGCGUCAAUCGACCGUUCCAUAUCACCUGUCCGUUCGCACAAGAGAACAGCCUCUGGUCACCAGCUGGGUAGCGAUUUGCAGCGGAAGCGGAAAGCUCCUACCCCGCUUCUUCCUGGCGUGCAAAGGCAAAGUUCCGAAGAUCGGCAGUCGGUGUCUUCCUCAACAAGCGGAUCUCCUAUGCCCAGUGCCCACAUUCGAAAGGUGGCCUCUGUCGAUGGGGCAUCUGCUUCCCCUGCCAGACCCACGGGUCACAAAAAGCAACGCGAUCAGAAUGGACGCACUCGCCUCGCUCGUGCAUGUGCUGCACAGGAACUUGAGGCGGCAAUCGCUCGACAUGCAGAACGACCGGAGGACCUCAAUGUCGCCGACAAUGCUGGUAACACGCCACUUCAAAUCGCCGCCUUGGAAGGCUGCGCGUCCAUUGUGAAGUUCCUCCUCGAAGCCGGAUGUGAAGUCGAGACCCGAAAUAUCGAUCGUGAUACUCCGUUGAUAGACGCCGUUGAAAAUGGCCAUCUCGAUGUUGUCAAGUUGUUGCUCCAGGCUGGUGCAAAUCCGCGUUCCGUCAAUGCUGAAGGCGAUGAGCCAAGCGAUCUCAUUCCGUCAGACUCGGAAGAUUACGAUGAGAUUCGUCGUGUGUUGGAGGAAGCAAAAGCGCAUCCACGCCCCAGCCGUCGCUCUGAGGAACAGACUGGAUCUGGCACCAGGGAGACGUCUUCGCGGCGAGUGACGGUGGCUAGCCCUCGAGAAUCACCCCCGGUAAACGGACAACGCAGCCCGCCCUACUUUGCCAGUACGAACAAACGCAAGAGCGUCAGAAGCGAGGCCACCCGGAAUGAUUUGUUAUGGACCAAAGCUACGCCAGAGAAUCUACAAGCCUUCGCCGCCAAGGGUGAUAUCGCUGGUGUUGCUAACAUUCUCAAUGUCGGCCAACGGGCAGAUGCCGAGUCGAUGAUCGCAGCGGCCAAGGGUGGUCACGAUGAAGUCUUGUCUCUUCUGCUGGGAAUGGGAGAUGCCGAUCCGGACCCGGAUCCAGUCCAGGGCGGCUCCCACAAGUUUGGAUACAACACGCCUAUGCUGGCUGCGAUCGGAAGAGGCAAUCUUCCCGUGAUCAAACUUCUGCUCGACCAACCCAGCUUCAACCCCUCGCGACGACUAUAUAAGGAUCGCACUUAUUUUGAGUUAUCUCGAGAACGCAGAGCGGACAACUGGGAGGAAGAAUAUGAUCUUCUUCGCGACGCCUAUGACAACUAUGUACGGAACAGGAAGCAGCGUAAAAGCGACAUCUCAUCUCCGAGGAGGGUACGUGACAAGGACCGCGAGUCCAAGCGAUCUGGACGGAAAGACUCUCCCUCCCCAGGGGGCAAGCAUCGGAAACAGCUUGGAAGUCCAGUUCGUCGGGACUCAUCCAAAGAUGCACCCAUGAAAGAGCGCAAACGAGAAGCGAUGAUGCACACGAAAGAGAAGCCUGGCCCUCCUCGUGCCAAGGUGGGACACGUUGCCACGCCUGAUCACGACGGUCCUCGUUCCGAUAUACCCAGGUCGAAGGUAGUGUUGACCAAGGAUGGAGACUCUAGUCGGGGCGAAGAGCCUCCCAAGAGAAGACGCUUGAUUGCAGGACGGCCACCUGAUCGCGAUCGCAGGAGGCCUAGCAUUCCUUCUUCAGAUUCCAUGUCCGGCCGUGAGGAAGCUCCUAAAUCACGCCCUGAUCAUUCAGAACUCGUCACGACCAAGCCUGGACCGCCUCCCGUGAAGCGUGGACGCAGCAGCGUCAGUCCCGAGCGACCUAGGUCUCGCGGUUCCGACGCUGAUCGGAACCCUCGCGAAGUCUUAAAGAAGAAGCGACGAGUACUGUCGGAAGAUGGAUCGCCCAACAUCACCAACGGAAACCCCAAGAGGAGUCACCCUGCUGUGGAGGAUCUGAAGCUUCCUCGUCGCAAAGAUGAUAGCCAUAUUGCACCUCAACCUCGGCGAGAUCAAUCGCGGGAACGAGAUCUCUCCGCCAAGGCUGUCGAAAGAAAGCAGGUAAAGGAGGAGCAAGAGAAGCCUGACACUCUUGAACUCGAGGAUAUCCCAAUGGAUGAUUCGAUCAGUCUUGCUCAGGCUGAGGCUGAAGCGGCUGCGCUCCGGGAAAAGCACGCUCAGGAGAAACAAGCUCUAGAGAAGCUAGCUCAGGAGAAACUAGCUCAAGAGAAACUAGCCCAAGAGAAACUAGCUCAAGAGAAACUAGCUCAAGAGAAACUAGCUCAAGAGAAACUAGCUCAAGAGAAACUAGCUCAAGAGAAACUAGCUCAAGAGAAACUAGUUCAAGAGAAACUAGCUCAAGAGAAGCUAGCUCAAGAGAAGCUAGCUCAAGAGAAGCAAGCUCAGCGAGAGAGGCAAGCUCGCGACGAGGAAGAAGCACGCCUUGCUGCUGAAGCGGAAAAAGCCCGCCUGAAAAAAGAAGAGCAGGAACGCGCAGCGCGGGAGGCCCGCAUUGCCCAAGAGAAAGCCGCGGAAAAGGCUGCAGAGGAAGAGCGGAAGCGGAAAGAGGAGGCAGAGCAGCGGCGAAUGAAACAGGCUGAAGAAGAGCGACAGAAGCGGCUUGAACAGGAACGACAGCGACUCGCCAAACUGCGCAAAGAGCAGGAAGAACAAGAACAGCGUCGACGAGACGCUCUACCCAGCCGACUUCGAGUUGCAGCCAACCUUGUUGGAUCCGAUGAUCCGCAAGCUAAGAGCCAUGCAUGGCUGCGGAAGUUCAUGCCUGUUGUGACCGCUGAGACAAGACAACUCGACCCGUCUUGCGCCUCGGAAGUGGCAGAGGAUCGAUGGAUUCCGAACUACCUGGUUGCACCCUUGCUGGCGACGAACGAUCUUCAACUAUCGCAAUAUGCCAGUUGGGAGAAGCGCGUCGCAACUCCUACCCAGCGGACGAAUCUGUGGCGAGUCACGCGAAGGAUGCUUGUUGAAGCAGACGAGACCGAAUUUCUCAGUUCGUCAUUCGGACAGAUCAUGCAACGGGAUAGCGAAGCACGGCCUAAGUACUUCGACAUGGAGCAUGUAUUUUGGCUGAAGCUCUCCGAUUUCAUGGAUCUCGUCCCCCACAUUCCGCACCUUCACGGGCUUGACAUUCAGUUGCUCAAGAUGCACAUUGAUCAAGAGCCUAAGACGCAACCUGCUUUCGAAUUGCCGCAGGCCAAUGGACAUAUCUCGGGGCCACAUAUUGAGGAAGGCCCCGGGUUACUAGGAGGAAACGGGUUGACUAAUGGCUAUGGGCACAGCCGGCCUAGUACAUACGUCUAAUUGUUCUUUCAGCUUCAGCGAUCAUUUAGCUUGGCGCUAGCUUGUACAGGUGAAAACUUGAUGUACGACUAUGAUACCUGAUGUGUUAUGCUUGGAUAGCGUGAUAUCAUGAUAUCCCGAGA